UGACAUGUGGCAUUCGCGCCAAGCGCCAUUUUCGAAUUUCAAAAUGUCUCCCGCAAUGACGACGCACGCGCCAUCUAUCAACAGUGGUACUAGUCGGUCACUCCCACCAAUCUUUCGUUCAGCUGCCGCUUGAUUGUACCAAAUCACAAUGGCAGAUGUAGAAAAGAAGUCGAAGCCCAAGGCGCCGAAAGAGAAGAAGGCGCCGAAGGAGAAGCCCGCCGCGGCGCCAGCAGCCGCUGAGGCACCCAAGAAGGUGUCCAGGAGGCCGCUCAAGAGGCACGGUCGCCUCUACGCCAAGGCUGUCUUCACCGGCUACAAGCGUGGCUUGAGGAAUCAGCACGAAAACACGGCCCUUCUUAAGGUAGAAGGAUGCCUGAACCAGCUAGACACCCAAUUCUAUGUUGGAAAGAAGUGUGUCUUUGUCUACAAGGCGAAGAGGAAGACCAGGGUGCCCAACUCUAACAAGAAGUCGAAGGUUCGGGCUAUCUGGGGCAAGGUGACGAGAUCACACGGCUGCAGCGGUGGAGUUAGAGCCAAGUUCAGACGCAACCUCCCGGCUAAGGCUAUUGGACACAGGAUCCGCAUUAUGCUGUACCCAUCUCGGAUCUAAUUGCUCUGCCCUGUUCCAACUUUAAUAUAAUAAAAAACAAACAAUUCUUCACAAUAA